AUGGCACUCGAUGUGGGUGGUAUACAGCAAAAGGAGAAUGAGGAUGAGACCCGCUCUCCCCAUCAGGAGCGCACAGGGGUACUUACGUUGUACUGGCGGGACGCACAGACUCAUGCUUUCCUAUUCGGGCAACCUGUGCGAUACCUUCACCAGCGACCCACGACCUAG